AUGGAUUCCCACAACGAUCUUACAUUACCCGUACCUUCCAAGCGCCUCUCAGCAAAGCGCCGUCCAGGAGCGUGCGAGUUUUGCAAAACCAGAAAAGUCAAGUGCGACGGGAAGCAACGAUGCUCUAAAUGCGUGGAAAACGGCAAUCAGUGCAUCUAUCUACCACGCAAGAAGCGAAGUCCUGGUCCUCUGCGAAAAUCAUCGACGUAUUCUCAAAGCAGCAUCUAUUCUCAGAGCAGCAUCUACUCUCAGAGCAGCGAGAAGAGCGAAAGGCGGUUUCCCAGUCCGUUCUCUCGCUACGAUAGCGUUGAUAGCGAACUCGGCAUGUUGGCAUCUCACUCGUACGGAAUCAACUCCCCGCCAUCGACUCCGCCAACCUCGGGUCUGCAUUCGAGAAGCCACGGCUUCUUCAACAUGUCACCAGCCAUUCGGAGCUCAGACUACAUGUACCUGAAUUUCGAUUCGGACCUGGACGAUCUAGGAUCUCCUUCGUUCGCCACCGCCAGCCCGCCGACGACCCCUCCAACCUCGGAGCCGCUCUCCGGACAUGGUGUCUUUCCACUCAUGUCGCAGGACAUACCGGCCGAAGAUCCUGUCACUGCAUCUCAAAUUUAUGGUACGCACAUGGGAACCGGGCCCAGCGUCCAGGGGUUGCCGGCUGCUCCCCCAGUCCCGCUGCAUGAUCAGCUCGAUUUCUGGGCCACUGUCGACAUGGAUGCAUGUUCACUAGAUGCGAUGCAUACACCCAGCGAGUUGCCUGAUUUCUUCCCUGAUUCGGCUGAGGUCUCGAUACCGUUUCCGCCAAGAAUCGUCGAACCGAGUCAGAAUAGCCCGGGGUAUUUCCCGAGAGAGUUGGGAGAGCAAUACCAUAUGCAGAAUGCCCUGAGCCCUGUUCCUUAUUGGGGAGUGCGUUUUGAGUCGGAGAACCAACUUUUUUAG